UGCUGUACAAGAAGGGUGACCGGUCCAAACUGUAAAAACUACAGGGGGAUUUCGCUAUUAUCUCAUGUAGACAAGGUCCCCAUCAAGAUCAUCACCAACCGUCUAAGAGCCUUCUGCGAAGCCAACAACAUCCUCCCGGAGGAACAGUGCGGAUUUCGACCCGGGCAAUCCACCGUCGAUAUGCUGUUCGUCGUGCGCCGCCUCUAGGAGCUGGGGCGGAGAAAGCAAAUACCGCUCUACAUGUCCUUCGUCCACUUAAACAAGGCGUAUGAUUCGGUGGACCGAGAGAUGCAAUGGAAGGUGCUGGCGAGGGCCGGGAUCCCCGCGAGGCUGAUCGAAGUCAUCCGCCAAUUCCACGAUGGAAUGCGGGCCAGGGUGCGAAUGGACGACGGAGAACUAUCGGACUGGUUCUUCGUGGCACAGGCGUGCGACAAGGAUAAGUGCUAUCCCUACUGCUGUUUAACAUCUUCUUCGCCGAGGUCCUCGAGGUCGUUGUCAUCCGAUUCAGCGAGGAUGGUGUUGUUCUGCGGAGGCUGGUGUGCUUGGAGGAGGGGANNNGGACGGAAGCGGGGGGGGGGGAGGAGACACCCCUUGACCGAGUACGGAGGGCAGUAUGGGGGAUGCUCAUCACAGCCCCCCCCGCCUCCACCGCUGAUUAUCGAAGCCGCGGGGCAGAAAUACGCCCAGACGACCGAGUUCCGGUACCUCGGUGGCCUCGUCAACGAACGCGGCGACCUCACCCAGGAGAUCAACUACAGGAGCAGAGGAGCGUGGUCGUGCCUCAGGCGAUAUGGCCUGGAGCCCUUCGACAGACCGAAAGCGCCAUUCCGACUCAAUAUUCGCCUGCUCCAGGCGGAGGCGAUGGAGGCACUGCUGUACGGCUGCAUGACAUGGUCACCACUCAGCGGCCACUAUCAGACGCUGCGGUCGAUACACCACCGACUGCUCCUCCGAGUUAUCGGGUACAAGCGCAAGAAAAGCACCUACCGGCAGCUCUCUUACGCCCAGACGCUGAAGAGGGUCGAAUGCCAGAGCGUUGAAGCCACGAUCCGACAACGACGCCUGCUAUUCGCGGGAUCAUUGUGUAAGCAGCCGGACGGGAAGAUACUGGGUAGAGAGAGAUCUUAACCGUUUUUAAUUUGAAGACAACAACAACAACUUGAAAAUAGAGCAGGUGUAGAUUUUUUUUCGUUUUUCAUUUCUUGCGCUCGCCCCCACAUCUCUGUUGUGAGAGACUGAAUGCGACGGCCUGCACGUUUACUCUCGGCCGGGGUUUGCUGUGCGCAAGCCGCUUGCUCAGCGGAGCCGCGCAGAUUUUUCAAUGAUUUUCUUCACACGGAGCCUCAACAAUGUUUUGUCUACACCCGAUAUAGGGAAGAUGCUGUACUCGACGCCAGGCCACACAUUCUCCAAUUCAAACUCGAGACAGUCGGAGAUUUAUAUUUUGUGUGGCAGUAUUUUUAACGAUACUCACCACGUUGCCGACAAGGGUUUUGCUCGGUAUGACUACCGUUUUCCAACCUGUCCAAGGAAACAAACGCUGGACCGUACUUGUUGUGAUUUGGCGUUGGAUCCCGCUACUCCAUGUGGCCAUUUGCAUUUUGGAACUCGCGGGCGUGCAUGUUGUGUCUGAUAUGCUGCUGGAGAAGCAGAGCAGACAAGGCUAAUGGUUAUUCGUUUCGUUUGUCAUUUUCUAGAAGAAGUUUCCUUGUAGUGAACAUCAACUGUUUUCUUGACACGAUUCUGCUCAGCAGCUGUCAUGCUAAGUGCACGGGUGGCCAACAGACCGGGUUGUAGGGGCACAUUUUCCAACCUGAAUCGAGAUUAUUUUGGCACGGGUUGCAACCUCCGCACCUUGGGUAAUCCUCGCAAUGCAAGGAUGGCCAGGUUGUGCAAGGUUGGCGCGCUUCGCACAAACCGGUUGGGGGGCAGGUUGCCGGUGACAGUGCAAGGUGUGCCCUUUCUUGCAGGUUGACGCGUUGCGCACAAGCCGAUGACGGGCAGGUUGCCGAUGGUAUUGCAAUGCUUACCUUCUCUUCUAGAUUGCUCACGGUUACAUCAAAUUGCAAUGCUCAACACUGUAAGUGGCGGGCAUGUUUCAUUUGUUUUUUCGCCCCUGUAUUCGAAUCGCUACAAUUUUACCGUCGGUACAUUCCUGAGCAAACCGCUGAUACAACGACACUUCCAGUAGCUCUAGGUUUAACCCAUCUCCGCCCGCGGCCUAUCAUCUCUACCCAGGGUCGUCAACAUCCCUGUUGCACGAUUACAUGUAAGCGAGAACCAUAAAAUUUACUUCAAAUUGAAACAAUACAUACAUACCCUUCCGAACGUCGUUCUGUAUAUUGAAUGUCCCCCCACAACAGCAUGCCCUCGCCCAUGACCGUCAGCGACGUCGAUCAUGGAGACGACCCCCAACCCCCGCAACAAACUACCGUUGUUGUUAGGAAACACCGCUCAGCCGGAGACAACAGCUACACGUAGCGGCAGCGGUGUUGUCCAAACGCAGAGG